AGUUCAUCGCAAUGUACGAAUCGUCCCAGGCUCCAAUCAGCUCGAUCUACAGACCGCAAUGGCUAGUCAGAGGUCCUUGACGGUCUUUCCGGCUACUAGAAAGACUGGCUACCGAGCCUUGUGGAUGGAUCAGUUGGUCCAGACCUCGACACCUCCUUUGUCAACUUUUCAAACGGUCAACCUGCUGUGACGUCGUCCCUCGAAACAUUGUGCGUCUCAACGGAUGCUUAUUUCGGUGCGAUCAGCGAACGAUGCUGUUUUCUGGUGUGGAGCCACUCGACAUCAGAUCCUCCAGCCGACGCCUCAGCCUGCUGAAUUGAGCUCUCGCCAUGCCUGUCGCAUCACCCGGACCGAUGGGAUCAGAUCACCCAAGUGCCAUUUGCCUCCCUUUGCUGGUCCUUCCGAUCUCGCCACCCAACGGGACCCCUUAUGAUCGUCCUGCUCGGCCUCGCUUGCGAAUUGUCACUGCUCAAGGAAGCACGCCUCCCCCUCAGAUUGUCAAGACGGCGCCAAUCAUCGUUUCGAACGAUCCAACCUUGUCAUUUACCUUCCCUUCCAAAUCCUCAGUCGCGUCUCUCGCUCAUGAAGAUACCGCGUCAUACACGCUACUGUCUCCCCCAAAGCCUACUUCUCGAAGUGCGAGACUCAAGCGACCAGCUCACGUCGGCCAUGCACGUAAGCUCUCAGACAAGUUCAAAUCGCUGUUCUCGGCCCUACAUAUCAAGCGGGAUGAUCGCAUACCAUUCUUCCAGCCUGGUAUGGUAUCGACCGACAUACUGAAUGACUGCGAGUAUCUAACCCCACUUCGACCUCAUCCAUCACCCGGAACAGCUUCGUUCCUCGUCAGUCGACACUUGGCUCCUGAUCCCAAUCUCCCAACUUCGGCUCAUUCUUCCUCUACUGCCUUUUCGAUAGCUUCAAGACCGACCUUUGCAUCGAAAUACAGAGCGACGUACGAUUCUCAUGGUGCUAUAUCGCACUUCUCCAAUCCUACGACGUUGUCUUCCGCUGCUUCGAGCAUGGGUGGCAGAUCUGUAUCGAGCUCAGUGAUACUGGAUAAGAGUCCUGGACUAGGAAAGAGAAUGGCUCUGGAUGAGGGGGUAAGGCUAAAUGCAAGGAUAAGGAGGUGCCGCUCCCUGCCAGACAUGAGGCUAUGAUGGUUGAUAUGUCGAGAUUCAUUGUACCAGUAGUAAAGCUGUAGCUAGAGCCGCUCAAUCAUCACGUGAUCCGGCGAUAUACCUAAAGCCGAGUGAUGCUUGUUUUUGACGCGUUUCUACUGCUUUGGGUAAUAACACUGGUAUAAAGUGCCACAUUCUGUAUCUAUUUGUUUGGCUUUG